UAAUAAAAGCAGUGAGCAAUUGCAAGAAAGUUGCUCUUUUGUGAUUACACAACAUUCAAUCGGUAUAUAGUCUCUCACCUUGUGUUGUGUUGUGUAUUGAAUAAUUACUGUGACAACCAUCUGUGAAGAACAAACUGGUUUUGCAGCAUUACAGCUGUGGAGAAAAAGGUGACCAUGUGGCUUUUUAUAUUUUUUUAUUCAUCACUUAUACUACAAAAGUCGGAAAGUAUAGAUGAUGUAACAGUGAAAGAAGUUACAGCCGGACAUUUGGCUGAACUUCCAUGUUUAAGUAUUGACGAUCAUCACCGUUUUAUGUUCUGGCAAUUUGGAAAUAAUGACGUUAUCGGACCAGGAAAUUCUUUAAAUGAAAAGAAAUAUAAUUACGAGGUACUGACUGGCAAACUUAUGAUCAGAGGCGUAUCAACAGCAGAAUCUGGUUUUUACAAAUGUGUUUCAAGAGGAUUAUUCGAUGAAUCCAGCUUCAAGAUUCACUCUGUUGAAUUAGUAGUUAAGAAAGAUUGGGAAGAUGUUUGGGAAACUGAUUUUGAGACAAAUUUAUUACGAGGAUUGUCUGCUGUAAUGGUGAUAGUUGUUGCUGUAGCCGUUGUUCUUCUAAUUAUCACCGUUAAGAGAAAGAGAAGCCAAAAAUUUUUCGAUUUGGAAGAAUCAAGAGAAAAUUCUCCUGCACGGUACCAUCCCAAUAAUACACUAGGUGUUACAUCAACUGCUGAAGUUAGUGGUGGAGUCGAUAAUUCUGCUCUUGAUAUUGAUUUCCCCAGAGUGUUUAAACAAAUGCAGAAAGAACAAGCAAUGCCAUAGAUUGCAGAAGAAAGAGAGAGAAUAAGAGAGAUUAUUACACAACAUAGUAUUAUUAUAUAGCGCACUUGAUGCAAAUGCUUUGUUCCAUUUUCAGAUAAGGAAAAAAAAGUUUUAUUAUUGUACAAUGUAUUGCUCUGUAUCUUAUUGUACAAACAGUAUUUAGUUUAUUAAUUACGACAGCAAACAUAUCUUAGACAUGUACAAAAUAUCAUAUUUAUAUGACGAUUGAAGUAAGUCAAAUAGAAGUUGAAUUUGUUAAUAAAUGAUGGUGAAAACAAAAUUCUCCGCAUAGCCACUA